CUGCUUCACACAGAGUGAUGCUGAGACUGGCUUAGGCUUGCAGAACCACUGAAGACUUACACGGCUCUAGACAAUGACUAUUAGCCCCAAGGCCAGCGAACAGUGAUCAACUGACCUCUGAGACAGGUUGUAUCUGACAGAGAGAGGACCACCGCCACGCUCCAGCCGCGCUCCAACCCACUGGUUCGUUAGUAUCAACAGUGAGUGAAUCACCCAGCUUUGGCCCGUCCGGCGUUACCUGUACAUGGAGACCCCCAGCUGGGCAGGAAACACCUUGUGUAAAUCAGGAAGCAUUGCUGUCUUCGGGAACGUGGUGUACAGCGGGCUGCUCAACGAGCACCUCUGGCAUUUAGGAGUUCCCCUCUUCACGAGACUGGGUAACCAAGAGGCCACCAACCCCCCAGAAGCCAUGGCCCAGCCGUACACGCCUGCCCAGUACCCGCCUCCCCCACAGAAUGGCAUCCCGGCCGAGUUUGCGGCACCACACCCCCUCCCCACGCAGGACUACACCGGGCAGACCAGGGUGCCCGAGCAUGCCAUGACCCUCUACACCCCCACACAGACGCACAGUGAGCCGCCGGGCACCGACAACAACACGCCCGCCAUCACCGCCAACACGACUGUACAGACAGAUGACGUGACGCAAUCAGAGGUCUCCCUGCAGCUCCAGCUGCAGCUCUCGGACUCCUCGGAGAAGCAGCAGCCCAAGAGGUUACAUGUCUCCAACAUCCCCUUCCGCUUCCGCGACCCCGACCUGCGGCAAAUGUUUGGGCAAUUUGGAAAGAUUCUAGAUGUGGAGAUUAUCUUUAAUGAGCGAGGAUCCAAGGGCUUUGGGUUUGUAACUUUUGAAACGAGCACAGAUGCCGACCGUGCGCGGGAGAAACUAAACGGUACAAUCGUAGAGGGACGCAAAAUAGAGGUGAAUAAUGCAACAGCAAGAGUGAUGACAAACAAAAAAGUUGCCAACCCGUACACAAAUGGCUGGAAGCUGAACCCUGUGGUGGGAGCUGUCUAUGGUCCUGAACUGUAUGCUGUAACAGGUUUCCCUUACCCGGCCACAGGGGCUACGGUGGCCUAUAGGGGUGCCCACUUGCGAGGCCGGGGGCGGGCUGUGUACAACACCUUCCGCACAGCACCUCCACCACCACCUAUUCCAGCCUAUGGAGCAGUGGUGUACCAGGAUGGCUUCUACGGAGCAGAAAUCUAUGGGGGCUACGCUGCGUACAGAUACGCCCAGCCCACCACCGCUGCUGCCUACAGUGACAGCUAUGGCAGAGUCUAUGCAACAGCAGACCCCUACCACCACACAAUCGGCCCUGCCGCUACAUACAGUGUGGGGACCAUGUAAAUAACAAAGGCAACGCUGUGCUCAGUAUUGAUGGACAUCACAGAUGAAAACAACGAGAAGAGGAGAACUAGCUUUAAGAAAACAACAGGAGAAGAAGAAAAGGAGUCCCUCUACUGAGGCUGGUGAGGAGAGACGGGAGGCGUGCGUGUGGAGUGGUGCCGCGGCGGUGUCAAAACCAGCCACAAGCGCUACAGACGGAGUGAGCCAGUUUCCACCAGGGACUUCCUUUGCCGGGUAGAAGAGAAAGACAACGAGAGAAAAAAAAGAGAGAAAGCAUCCUGUUAUUAUAACACAUUUUAUUUUUCUAUACUUUUGUGAUUUACAGCUUGUGAUUUACAAGUAAAAAGUGUGUAUAAAACAGUAUAUAUGUACAAAUAUGUUUUUAUGUUUUUGGUAAGGAAGACGAACAGUUGGCCCUCGAUGCUGAUUCUGUGGUGGAGAGGGAGAGUCCUGCUCUUCUCUCUCUGGCACACCACUCCUGUCACUGACAGACAAGAGGAGGUGGUGAUAUAUAUGCAUACAGUAAUGUUACAGUGGCAGGCUAGGAGGGUUCAGCAUCCGGGCAAAAGCAUUGUAUUACAGGUCCACUUUCUGUGGGUCGGAGUCAAUGGUUAACUUCCAGCUGGAGGUCUCUAUGGUUACACUUCCUGUGUGCGGUCUUUUCGUGGUCUCACUGAUCCGCUUCCUUCCUUGCGCUGGUGCCACUGUUCCACUGUUCCACUUCCUGUUGCAGUGUCACUGGCCAGCUUCCUAUGGGUAGUCACUGCUGUUCUCUACCCUGUGGAUACUGUCGUCAUGACUCCACUUCCUCCUGGCAGCACCACUGGUCCACUCUCCAUGGGCAGUACUGUCACUGGUCUACUUGUCUGUGGGUAAGCCAGUAGAGAAAUGAGAUAAGUUCCUCCUCCAGCUCCCUUUCCUCUCCAAGCCCCAGCAGAGGUCUCUGAUUCACGACGAGAGAAAGAGAGAGAGUUUGAUGCGUUAGUCCCUGACUUUCCUCACCUGCCAGGGUCAAAGCCCAAGCCUUUGUGUCUCUAUCUGCACCAGUGGACAAAGUAUCUCAAACAGACAGACCAACAAGCCAGGGUGCAUUUAACUAACGAUGCACGUUUCCAGAGAAGAGAAAUACUCAUCAAUGUCCAUGUAACAAUUGAAUUAUAAUCGAAUAAUCUAAUUGUAAUACAUCAGCAGGUGCAUAACCAAAACACAAGCCUAAGGCAUAUGGACUAUGUCGCUUGAUAAACAUUAUAGAACUAGUGCCCAUCCAAUGGUAAUAAAGGAAUGAGGGCUGAAACAUGUCAAUUACAAUGUUGUUUUGUCAAUGUAUUCUGAGAAUAUUUAUUUGUGUGAUUUGCAGCACUGAAAACUUUUAAAGAAGAAAAAAACGUUUUAAUUUGUUGAAGCAACCUUACUUUAUAUCAGGAGAGUCACUGUAAACAUGUGUUUAAACAAGAAUGUUGGUUCAGUUCUUGAAUGUAUUUUAAUGUCUAGGGUGUCCAACAAGUAUGUAUUCUUUUUCUGUAUAUAAAUAUAUAUAUAUAUAUAUAUACAUAUCUAUUAUAUGGGCUGUGGUGGUGUCAGGGAGUAGAGGGGGUAGAUAAGGGGCACCCUCCUACAAGCUAUACCCCUGAUAUACUGUAACAUGUGAUCAUGUGUUAUAUGACUGAAAGCGUGAUGGUGAUUGUGUGAACUGAUCUUCCCCUCCCCCUGCACUUAAAGAGAUUGGACAGGAUCUUAAGCACUUACAAAUUCGUAACAUGCUGUAUGAAUUGGAAUUCGUAACAUAUCAUGCACAUUCUUUUUGCAAGACAAAAUGGAUGACGUUGUACACAAUUGUGCACAGUUUUCGGGGACCGAAAAACUACUGUCUGAAAUUAUAUGAGACCUUCAUAAUGCAUCUUUAAAGAAACACACAUAUGAACACACACUCAAAUACAGAGAAUCACAGACACACGUUUUGGCCUAGAAAUAUGCUACAGAACUGCUUAACAACUUGCUGAUUGCCAACAGAUAGCUAGUGCUCCAGAUAGUCAUACACAACUACUCUGGCCCUGCAGGGCCCCAACUACUUUCUCUCAGCUAUAUUACAGACACCCUUAUGGAAAUAACAUGUAUUUUCAUCAUCACAUUAUUAAGUAACAGGUCCUGUUGAGGAAGGCAAUGAUCAUAAGCAGGUUUAGUGUAUAGAUGUAGAUUUGAUUGUGAGAGUUACAUAGUGUAUGUGGCUAACUAACUCCCAGUCAGUUUCAGGUGAAAUGUGAGUGUGAAGAAACAGCAGGUGGGAUGUCAGGCAGGCAGGCAGUAGGCCACCCUCCUGAUCUCUGUGUAGACUGCAAGUACCAGUCCUUAUCUUCCUGAGCCCUGAGCACAAUGGCUUGAGCUGUGACAUGAGCAGGAUAUCCCUCUGAGAGAGAGUUACUACUGUACCACCCCCUCCCGUUCUACUGUGUGAGUCUACCGCCCCUUUUGUAUUCCUUACCCUACUGUACAUAAUAUCCCCCCUCGCGAUACCCCCUCCCCUCUGACUCCCAAAAUCUUGUAUUUUGUUCUAUAAUGACACAUUUAUUUAUAAGGAUUUUUUAAAUAUAUCUCUUUCUCCUUUUUGUAAAUGUUCCAGUUAAAUAAAGUUAAAAAAUGUUAAAAAAUUCAAUGGAUAUAUUGAAAGGUAAAAGUCUCUAAAAGUCCCCUCUCCUCUGGCUCUGUAUUCUAAACUUUGUGUUUCUUUUUUUCUCUUUCUGUAUGCUUCUCUUAUGUGCUUCAGAUUAAGAGUUCUAUUUAUUAUGGCAUUAACGUUAUUAUAAUUAUGACUAAUUAUUAAUAUUAUCAUCAUCCUCAUCAUCAUCAUCAUUAUUAUCAUUAAUAAACGUGUCUACU